AUGAGUGAUUACUUGAGCCUGAGAGGUACAAACAAGGUGAUUAACCAGAUUAUUGACCAACAAGAGAUCAAGAUAUGCUGGGCAAUUUGCUUGGCUCGACAAUUUACAUCGUUGCUCCGAGCGGAAGGGAUACUUAGUGACAACCAAGAAAUUUCAAUUCAAUAUCUGGUCAACCAGAUGAAAAGUUUAGUCGCGAGAGAUGAUUGGGAAGGAGGGAUUGAUUCUUUACAACUGGUGCAACGAAUUUUGCUGAAUGGCGUAGUUUUGGAGAACUACUGCCCAUUGACCUUCGAUUUAGCCUCAACAAACCCCAUCGGAGGUUAUGCAGGAGCAGAGAAGUUCGCAGCGAUAAUGCAUGUCCACACUAGUAACCAAUAUACAUCUCCAGAACUUUUCGAAGCCGCAAUAUCCCAAUUAAGAAAAACAUCAACCAUCACCUGUGUUGUGCGGGGCUACGCAUCGAUGCAUAUGAAUAAUGGAUUUGAUGCUUACGUGCCAACGUUGGCUGAUCAUGCAAUUUACGAGCUUGACCGGAGAAUAGGCGAUCAUUGUAUGCUAAUUACUGGGGAAGGGUUUGACAGCAGAGGGAUUCCCUACUGGGAGGUUCAAGAUAGCUAUGGGGUAAGACAAGGCGACGCAGGAUAUAUCAGAAUAGCAAAAGGUGUUGUUUAUGCAUUUGUCGAAUUGAUAGUGUUCAGGGUGGGUGAGGACCCAGGCGAUGGAAGCAACAAAGUUCCUGAGGUUGGCAUAGGAAAGGGUGGCAACGGUUCCUUUUUCCAUGACGAAGCAAAGAAUAGCGAGGCAGAUGCAGAUGGGGAUAAAAAAAGUUUGAACGUUCGCAAAGAUCAAAGUUUCUUGAAGGAUACACAGUCAUGUGAUGAUGAAGAGAUACUGGUCUCUUCAAUAGAAGAGAAGGAAGAAGUGCUUCAGCCUCGUGAGUCGCCUGAAACUAAGUAUAACUUGCGCAAAAGUCUUGCCUGGGACAAUGCGUUCAUCACUAGCGACGGUGUUUUGGAACCUGAAGAGUUGACAAGCAUGAUGGAAAGCAAUAACAAGAGUGAAAGGAAAGGUUUACCUACCAUUGAAGAGGAUGUUAAUAGAUCAACAGAGUCCAUUUCUACAUUUCAGAGUGACUGCACUGUGGAAAACAGUCAGGAAUUAGUUUUGUUUGAAGAUGUGAGAGCGUCUAUUCAAAGGUCUUCUGCUAAAGGAUCUGGUGCUGCAACACCUGGAAAGUAUAAUGAACUGGGAGAAACAGAAGUAGCAACCAGCCCAACUUCAAGUACACUGGACGUUGUUGCCUCUCAGGAACAGUUGAAACCCAAAGCCAGUCCUAAAAAGCUGAGUAUUAGAGCACAAGGACUAGGGAAGGCAACAAAACAGCCUGUUGCUACAAGAGGUCUCAGUACAUCUAUUUCCAAGCCACCUAACGGAGUUAGCAAAGUCAGGCCGGCCUUGGCAACAACAUCAACGAAGAGGGCAUCAGUAGAUAUGACCAAAACCAAACUAGAAAGGAAUCCCAAAUUUCCAGCAGGCAAAGAGCCUUUGGGUACUAGAAUAUCCAUUUCACGAAGUGCCAGACCCACAUUGCCAAAACAUGCUGUGCCUAAGUCAACUAUACGUUCUUCAACUGCGUCAAAGAAUGAAUUGACAUCUUCUUGCUCUUCACUAGAGAGCUGUGCAAGUGCUUCAUCGAGCGCUUCUCACAAAGCUUCUCUAGUUUCGACAAAGAAGAAGAAUGAUCCAAGUUCCAGAUUAGCUUCUCAGUCAUUGGCAAAUCGAUCUACAUCUAGAGGUAUCAUGGGCCAGCCGAGAAUCCCACCCCACCCAACCAAUAUGACAACCAAGUCCAAGCUUGCCUCUAGUGUGCCAUCGCGAGCUUCUGCAAGUGGUGGCAAUAUGGCUAAAAGCAACCAGAAAACCGUCUCUGGUGAAAAGCCUGUCGAGAGCUCUAAAGAUGAAUCUGUUGUUCAGGCUGAUGCUAAGGAAGGCACAAUAAGAAUUUCAGCUUUCAACAGUGGUGGCUUGGUUCCUUCAGGUUCCAUGAAAGCAUCAGGUCUCCGUGUGCCAUCCCCGAAAAUCGGCUUCUUUGAUGGAGCAAGACAUGGAUCAUCUUCAUCUGCGAGUAAGAAGUCUGGAAAGUCUCAAGCCAACAAGUCUCCAAUACAAGUGUCGUCCAAUUCAAAAACGAAGGCAAGUUCAUCUCCAAAACUGCAAAACAAAUUGUAUUCCAAAAUCAGUGCAGAAGAUCAACUUGAGGUGUGA